UGACAAAUAUGAACAAGAAAUCUAUCUCUGAACCAGUUGUGAAGAUCCUCUCUCCAAAACAGAAGAAGAGGAAGAAGCAGAAGAAAAAGAACAAGGAGAAGGAAAAUAUAGAAAACCAUCUUCGCCUGCUCCAGGAUGCAGGUCAGAGAGCUCAAAAGAAUGGCCUUCUUGAUGAAAAAUAAUAUUUUAGAUAAAAUUAUUGCUCAAAAGAAAGCAGAUUUAGAAUCUCCAAAUACACAUAAUCCUAGUGAUAGGGAUAUAAUGAAGAUGCUUACUGAGGAGGUCUCAACUGGCAUCCGUGGUCUUGAUGAUGAUAUAUUCAACAAGAGAAUCCUACGAUCAGAGUCACAUAAAAAAAGAGGAGCUAAUUCUAGCCGAAAAGUGCCCGGAUCCCCUGAACAUAAUUACUAUACAUCGGAAAGAAUGGCGACUAAGCUUAAAACUAUUGAUAUUGAGCGGUGUUGUGAAGAAAUAAUGCAGACUAUUGAGACAGAGACCAAGCAUGAUACCAAUCUCAAGACUUCCAACAAGAGUAAUAAGUCUUACUCUAGGAUAAAAUAAAAUAAGUGGCCAAGUCUUUAGCCCAUCAAGGAGCACCAGACUAAGCCUGAUCUCUACCAAUGAUAGGGAACCUAGAGCAAGUGUUAAGACUAUUGAAAAAUUUAAUGAGAAGGUCAGGAAAGCCAACCUGAAAAUGUCCAGAAGAAGAAAGAGCAAAUCUUCCACAAGGAAAGAGAAAGUCCUUGCUAAGUUAGAGAAAAGAAUCCCCAAGUGAGGUUCACAGCCGCAUAUCAGGCUGAUUGAUUACAAGGAUCAGGAUUCUAAGAUGAAAUUAAAAAGGGAUGAAGAGGAGCUAAUUGAGAACAAGGAUGAGUCAGACAAAAAGACAGGAAUUAUCUUAUUUUCAGCAUCUAAGACAAAAACUGACCUAGCUGACACGUCCCAACAUGAGAAAAUAAACGAUUUUAAUAAACAUCAGGGUGCAGAUGAAUUUCCUAAUACUUUGGAAUUUCCAGAUCCAAAAGAAGAAAGGAAGUCAAUAUCUCCUUCAAACAAUGAAAGAGAUACCAGUUUAGAGAAGGAGACAUUGGAACCAAUCUAUGACACCUCUCAAUUUAAGAAAUCUACCAAAGUGUUAGGAAAUAAGCUAAAGAAACCUAAAAUUAAGACGAAAAAGAGUUCAAGGAGUAAGCAUCACAGAAAUUCUGUUGAAGAGAGAAAAGGGUCGAGAAAUAGCUCGAAUGACUCACGGAAGAAUUUUAAAUCAAUUAUUAAAAGAAAGAAGACAUCUAUUACAAGGCCUUUAUCAGGAGGAAUACAGAAGCAUGGUCUUAAUCCUAAGCUGACUCAGCCAAAACAUCGCCCUCGGACUGCUAAACAGUUAGACAAGAAGCUUGACCCUGAUGUAAAGAGUUUAUCUAAGAAGAAGCUUUUGUCUCCGAGCUCUUCCAAAAGACACUCAAAGAAAUUAAAGAAGAAAACAGUCAGGAUUGCUAAAAGUGGAAAUAAAAAGACUAAUUCCUCGAGUAAAAAUAAUCGUAAGACUAGCUUAAGUCCUUCUACGGAGAUUGAUGACCGGAACGCCCCUAUCCGAGGGAAAGAUACCCCUUGGAGGAGCCCUAGCUCCCAACAAGCAUUAGAUCCUGAAAUCCAGAUCCAUCGGCUGAACCAGGAGUACCUUAAAGAAGACAAGGAACUUAAGAUUAUAAUAAUACAGAAAUACAUGGAGGGAUUUAAGGUGUUUAAUCAUAUUAAGAAAGUCAGAAAGGAGGCUAAACUACACACAAUGAAAUUUUCCUCAUGCUCCUCAAAUACUUUUGAGAGAGCUACCAGCCAAGCAGACUUGAUUAAAAUGAUGAAAUUGGAAAAAUCCGAAGAGGAAGCUGAAAGGCUCAGGCAACAAGAGCGAGAAGAAGCUAAGAUCCCGAAGAAAAUUCCAAAGAGAUCACUAAACAAGGAUUGUAGUUCUCCCAAAAGGAAGCCAUAUGCCUCCAUUAACUCACUGUUGAAUAAAUCUUUUGAAGACAGCAAGAAUAAUGAAAUAAGGAAGAGUAAUAAAAAGAGUUUCUCAUUAUCUCUAAAGAAGAGGCCAAAUACAGCAAAUAUUAAGAAAGGCAAGAAUAUAAAGGCACCUGCUAAGCUUCCUAAAACUCCAAAGAAGUUGAAGGAGAGAGUUGAAAAGACCGUUUUAAUUAAGCCAGAAAAACCAAAUCCGAGGAAGAUAGCAACUAAGCCUCCUACUGGGAAGAAAGAGCUUCCUAUUAGAGAGAACACACCGAUUUCAAAGAGUUCUCUCUCUGAGCUUUUAACUCAUAACUCACCUAUGAAUGACAUUGAAGGAUUUGAAAAGUACCAGACUCUUAUAAAGAAGAAAAUUAAGGAGGAUUGCAAGUCAGAUCUUGCCGAAAUCCAGCAGAAAGCUGAUAAGAAAUAAGAGAAAUUAUGAUGAGAGAUACAAGCUAAACAAGAUCAACGACCUCCAUUACACAGAGAAGAUGAAGAAAAUACAAGAAUGGCAAGAAAAAGCUACCAAGAAGGUACAUACUAAGAAGAAGUAUUAUCUUCAUAUCUGUGGAUACUUUAAGGAGCUAAUGAGAAUAAAAGAUGGGAAAGUACCAAGCCAAGUAAUUAAUUUCCCCAACGCAGAUUCUGAUAGUAUUGCGAAUUCAAGUAUUCUCGAAGGACAUGUGAGAGGAGGAUCUCAGCACCUACCUUCAACAGGAAGGAACCAUAUUCAAAAAGGAUAUAGUUUAAAUUCGAGUGGGUCAAGGUCAAUAAAUCAACAUAUGAGUAAUAACAAGACGGUCAGUCAUAUAAGCGAUCCUAACGGUGAUAGUCUGACUCAUCGAGCCAAGAAUAUAGACAUUAUAAAUCCUCACGACCAAUCUAUCUCAUCUAAAGGACCUAUUGUACCUCCGAGCGAUAUGAGAACACCUCUAAGCAUUGAAGAUGAUACAAAAAUCGGUCGGAAAAGUGAGAACCUGUUUAACUACAAAGUAAAAUCAAUCGAAUACGAGACUGCCUUGAAAGCUGAAGAAGAAAAACAGCUCAAAGAAAACUUGGAAGAGACAAAGGAGAACAUUGACAAAAGUAGGCAGCCUAAAGAAGGCAAAGAUGAGCUUGUGGGCUAUCCCUCCCAAGACGAAGAAUCUUAUAAGAAGAAAAUAGAAGAUUUUGAUCAUUUUGAGACUGAAAGCAACCAAAAGGAGCAAAAUCAAGAUCUACAAGAAGGGGAGAAACAGGUACAAGAAAAGAUGGAUUUUGAUGGCAAAUCUGAAGAUCAAAAAUCUGCGGAAAUAUUUCCAAAUAUAUCUGACAAAACUCCUAAUGUGAUAGAUCAAAAUACUGUUGAGAUAGAAAAGGGUUCUGAUGAGGAAGAACAGAUUUUUCAAAAGGCUGAAGAUCCAAAAAUUGAUGAAAAUAGUAAAAAAGAGGAUAUUAAAUCUUCAUCAUCUUCAAGCUCUCAGGAAAAAGAGGUCUUGAUAACCUCAUCAAGGUCAAAUAUUCCUAUCUCUGACCAAGGGGAAGAUACUCUAAGCAACAAUAUUGAUAACCAGGAAUCUCCAUUUGGAGUGGAAGAAAAGAAACAGAAUAAACCUGAGCCAGAAGUAGACAGUGAUCCUGAUAAUAUCCCUCAGACUACAGUUUCAGGAGGCGAGGAUAAUCCUACCACCGUACUACUUCCUCCAAGAGAUGAGAAAAAGGAAGAAAUUGAAGAUAAUGAGAAAAGGGAUGACAAAGAGAGCAAAAAUGAAUCUGAUAUUGCCUCAACUGAUACAAUAAAUAUAAAAGAUCCAGAGAAAUCUCCUUCAAACCCAAUUUCCAUUCCUAAUAUUGCUUGAGUUGAUCUUACUGGUGGGACUGUAGAGCCCAGAGCUAAGGGAGCUUCCAGGACAACUGAUAAUUUAAUCCCAGGGCCUAAAUCUAAUAUAGAAAAAUCAGAAAUGAUAGCAGAGCAGCUCUUGUUUUACCUAAAAAUGGAACUAAUGUCUAAUGUCUUCCCUCAAAGAGUAAACGUGAGUAGAUGUAGAGAGCGCACAGAAAAAGAGAUCUUAGAAUUUGAGAAAAAGUCUCAAGAGUCUGCAAAAUCUAAUAUGUCAGAACCCCCUGAGAAUGAGCAAAAGGAAGGCAACGAAGAAGAUGACUUCCCUCAGAACAAAAUGGCUAUCAAGACAGAUAAGACUACCAUUAAGAGCUAUGUAAAUAUCCUUUUUGAGAAAAUGAAGGGAAGAGAGCUUGAUUUAAUUGGAAAUCUGAGCAGCCCAUUACAGAGAAAUCCCCUUGAGAUCUUAAUGCAUCUGCAGAAUACAUUCUAUGAACUGGAAGAAGAUGAGCAAUUGCCAUUCCAACAGUCCGUUCUUCCAGUAGAUAUUUACCUAGACAUCGAGCGUGGAAGAAGGAAAGUUGAAGAAGAAGCCUUAGAAACUGAGAAAGCUAAGGCUAGAGCUGAACACGAUGCUCAAAAGAAACUCAAAAAUAAGGACAAAGAAGAAAAAGAGAUACCGAAAGAAAAGUCCCCACAAGAAGAAAUUCCAGAAGAAAAUAAGAUGGAAGAAACUAAAGAAAAAGAAACUCCAAAAUCUAAUGAGGAGAAUUCCGAUAAUAAGGAUGACGACAGUGAAUCACUUUCCUCCUUCACAAAGGAUGAAGAGCUUGAUACUAAGCUAUUCAACCUCAAAUGUGAAUGGGAAAAUAUCCAUAAUAAAGCUAUCUUUGAUGCUGUCAAUGAAGCUCUUGAUGGAUUUAGGCCGUAUGGACUGAAGGGUCCUCCACUCCCCUGGAGUAAACAAAGCAGGACUCUUACAUACAAAAAUGGGGAUAUAACAGAGAUUCCUCAGAUAACAACUAAGAUCGAGAAGAAAGUCCUAGACUGGAUCGGAGACCAAGAUGCUGAUAAUCCCAGUCCUAAUUCUUGGGAGGAAAGACUAGCGGUCAUCCUUGCAAAUGAAAUUGAAGAGACAGAACCAAUCUGGACAGACUACGAAUUCGAAGAAACUCAUGUAAAAAUAGACAUGGCAGAACUUAUCUUAGAGGACUUGUUCAAAGAGGCAGCAGAAAUAAUGACUCAUCGAAAAGUUUUACCCGUGGAUAAGGAUGCUAUUGUGUCAGAUGAGCCAACUGAGAGUCCUAAUGAGGUCACAAAUAAUCCAACUGAAUCACCUGACAACCCAUCUGAAGUAUAAUCUUGGGAGACAAUAAAUGUGAACCUUAAGCUCUUAAAUUUAGUUAAUCAAAAAUACCUA